CCCCCCCCCUCCAGCCCUCGCGAGGAGGAGAAGGCGGCGGCCGCACGCCGGCGAGAGGGUGGGCAGCCUUGGUGUGUCCGCGGGGUGGGGGGAGCUGCGUUGCGCCCGGAGGCCCGGGCGGCGCCCCGGCGCCUCGGCGCCAUCCGCCCGCCCCCGUCGUCCCGCGAAACCCUAGCCGGGAGACCAGUGACUGCUUGGGCCACUAUCAACAGAUCAGAAGUAAUAUCUUCAUCAGUUCUUUCUGAAUAUCGUUGAGAGCGGGUCUACAUGGCUAUGAUGCCAAGUGAUUCAUCACAUCAUGGAAUUGUAGAAAAUAGCCCUUACAGAACUACCCAGGGUAGAAAUGAAGAUACUGGUGAACUUGGUGCUUCAUGGUAUUUCAGCAGAAAGGAAAUAGAAGAGAAUUCUCCAUCCAGGAGGGAUGGCAUUGAUUUAAAGAAAGAGUCUUACCUCCGAAAAUCAUACUGUACUUUUCUACAAGAUUUGGGCAUGAGGCUUAAAGUGCCUCAGGUCACAAUUGCUACAGCUAUUGUGUUCUGUCACCGUUUUUACCUUCGUCAGUCCCAUGCAAAAAAUGAUAGACGAACAAUUGCCACAGUUUGCAUGUUCUUGGCUGGAAAAGUUGAAGAGACACCUAGGCCUUUGAAAGACGUCAUUCUGGUUUCUUACGAGGUUAUUCAUAAAAAGGAUCCAACUGCUGGUCAGAAAAUCAAGCAGAGGGAAGUAUAUGAUCAACAAAAAGAGCUUAUUUUACUUGGGGAACGAGUUGUACUUGCAACACUUGGGUUUGAUUUGAAUGUGCACCAUCCGUACAAGCCUUUGGUUGAAGCAAUAAGAAAAUUUAAAGUAGCUCAAAAUGCGCUUGCUCAGGUUGCAUGGAAUUUUGUGAAUGAUGGGCUGCGUACUUCGCUUUGCUUGCAAUUCAAGCCUCAUCAUAUUGCAGCAGGUGCUAUCUUUUUGGCUGCUAAAUUUCUCAAAGUGAAGCUUCCAUCUGAUGGCGAGAGGGUUUGGUGGCAGGAGUUUGACGUAACUCCAAGACAGCUGGAAGAAGUUAGCAACCAAAUGUUGGAGCUAUAUGAACAAAAUCGUGCAGCACAGGCACAACCAUCUCAUGGAAAUGAAGCUGAAGGGAGCUCUGCCAGUGUGCAUAAUCAGCGAGUCUCUGUAAAGGCUGAAGGCAGCUCUGAGGAAACACUUGGGAGCCAGAAAAUGCUUCAAAAUGACAAUGGUGACCACAGGAGCAACAAAACAAGAAGCAACCAGAGUGGAAGUAGAGUUGAUGUCGGUGCAAAUGAUGGUUUGCAGCAUGACAAGCAGUCCUUGACAGAAAAUCAGAAUCUUCCAUCGCAUGGAAACUCCAGUGAAAUAAGAGAUGGUAAUCGCAGUGGCAAUGAUGGUUCCAGCGUAACAUCCUUGAUGGUAAAUAGAAUUGACAAGGAUAAGGUGAAAGCACAAAUGGAAAAGCAAAGGAAACUGAAAGGCGAUGUUGCUAGGAAGGUAGAUGUAAUAGAUGAUGAUGAUGAUGAUCUUGAGAGGCAACUAGAACAUGGUGUUGAAUUGGCUGUUGAGGAUGAUAAAAUAAAGCAGGAGAGGAAGCAGAAUUCAUCUCAUGUUACUACCAUUAAGCAGGAGGAUCACCGAAUUGCUGAUCAAGUAACAGGCAACGGACACCUCAGCAAGCAGAAUUUGCCAGAAACUUCUCAAGAGGCCCCAAUGAACAUUAAGAAAGAACAGUAUAAUUCCUAUGGAUCAAAGCACCACGAGUCUCAUGAUACUGCUCAUGAGCGAGGUGAAAGAGACUAUAAGAGGCCUCGUCCUGAAGGCUAGUUUUGAUGAUACCGGGAGACCGUGUGUGAUUUCUAUCAAUUUGCUGGAAAGUGAACUAUUUGCACUUGGCCUGGGACUUAUUGAGAUCAGCAUAUGUUACUGGAACGUGCAUUUCCUGCCUGAGAUUGCUGCGAUGUGACAUCAAAGAUGCGCUGUGGAGACAGAGAUAAGGAUGCUCAUGUGUUUUACCAGAUGUAUUUGUCCCUCAACUGAUUACGAUGGGUGUUCUGGAUUUGUACUGGGGACAGUUUGGGAGGAAACCCAUGAUGAUAAAAUCAGUGUUUCAACAAAUAUUGAGUAAAUACGCUGGAGAAAGCUUCUAGCUCCAUUUGCGUUGAA